UUUGGAAUACAGAUUUUAUUUUCUUCUCUGCUUUCAACAGGAAAAGACUGUGAGGUAGAUGAAAAGUAAAAUAUAUGAAUGGAAAUCAUAACAAAACUAAAAUAUUAGGUGAACAGAAAUGACAAGUUACAGUGAAGCCAUUUUCAAGCAACUGCAUUGGUAUCGGUACCGAUACCAGUAUCGUAUCGGUGCAUCCCCAGUUGUAACGGGACGUUUUGAUUUUCACCUGUCAGGUGGAUCCGUUUAGAGAUGUGCACACCAGGUAUGCUGGCAGGUGUAACUACCCGCUGGCGUUGAAAGUAAAAUCACAAUCUCAGAAACACUGAAGGACUUUUGGGAGGCAGGUGUUGUGUUGAAAAUGCAUCCCUGGCAUUAAAACCAACUUAGUGGAACAUGUUACCACAACCUGGUGGUUCUGACGCCGUGUAUUUAAACGACUCUUCAAAUGUUGGAAAAUCACCACCCGUCUCUCAUGAAUGCAGACCCAGCAGGGUACAGUGGAGGAUAGUCUUUAGUGUUUGUUUUCGGCUGAGCUGAUGGUGACAUCAUGGUGUCCUGCUGUAGCUCCAGCGCUGCUGCUGGGACAUGUCGGUUAGUUUAGUUUGGGGAUUUUACACAACAUUUAAAGUUCAAGCUUAAGGUGGAGACUGAGGCACACUCCCGGAGGUUUGACUAUUUUGAAUGGGAAUGAUUUAACCUGCGGAGCAGGAACGCUGAGGGAGAAGACGAGUGAAACUAGGAAAGGAAAAGCAGUGAGAAAGUGAGGUUUGGUGUCAGUGAGGGCAGCUGGUGGUGCAGCCUGCAGCGAGACGGGCUGAAAUCUGAGCCGUGCACAACCACAGCACUGCACGGGGUGGGGGUGAAAUAUGCAGGCUUUAUGCUGACAUAACCAUGUGAGAGGCACAGAGAGGGAAGGGAAAAUCAGGCCCGUUAAAUCACAGGUCUGAUGGGAAAAUAGGGAAGAGUGUGUUUGGACUGACAUCUGAUGGCUGCUGGGCUCUUUUACACAAACACGCGACACCUACGUCACUACAGGAGACGACACCCCAUGAACACCGGUGGAGGGAGGGAGGGAGAUUUCGGACUUUCCCUUCUUUUCCUCUUCAGACUCUGGAAACACUGGGCUCUGAUUAUUCCUGUCGUAACGCCGUGAAGGAAUUGUUUUUUGCUGCUGGAACCAUGUCUUGCUCUCAUUUUGGUUGCAAACCAGCGUUUUGGAAAAGCGCUUUGUAGGAGAGUUUUUUUUUUACACACUUCUGCAGUUUGGUGCCAAAUAGUUCCUGAAAACCUGGCCCAAGGAGCCACGGAGGUGGAACGCACACAUGGAUAAUUGUCCAGUGUUGGAGGAAGCGUGGUGGGAUGAAGCUUUUUACUGAAACGGAAAACGACGCUGUGUCGGCGGUUCCACGUCCUUUUGUGUAAUCGUCCUAGUCUUUGUUUUUUCGUUUGGCUCGUACCCGACAGACAGACUGCUGCAGUUCCCACCUAAUAAAGGAAUUAUUCAUGCUCGUAGCUUAUUUUCCUCCCCAUCCUGUUAUUUUUAGUGGGUUUGGAGGACUUGUUUCCUGUUGCGUGGACCCAGCCUUCGUCUCUUUACUACAACAUAUCCGAGGGGCAGGAGGAAGAAACAUGAUCCGAUGUUUGGGGCAGCAGCAGUGUGUGGUUUCUGUGGAAAAGGUCUGGGGAAUGUGGCGGGGGGGCGCUGCAUAAAUGUCUUUGGUCCAAGUGAAAUCAAAGCCAGCGAGCGUAGCUCUACCGUCUCCACCCUGGAACUCCCUGCUCCGACUCUUCUCAUGUGUCGCCACGAGGGAUGUCCACACGCCUAAAGAGGUCCCUUCAUUUCAAGAUCAGACGAAAGCCUUAUUUGGAAAUCUUAUGGACGAAGAAAUGAGUCGCCAGACCGCCACCGCGCUGCCCACAGGAACUUCUAAGUGCCCUCCCUCUCAGCGCGUGCCCACCCUGUCGGGCACCACGGCCUCCAACAGUGACCUGGCCAGCCUGUUCGAGUGUCCGGUCUGCUUUGACUAUGUCCUGCCCCCCAUCCUGCAGUGCCAGUCGGGACACCUGGUGUGCUCCAACUGCCGGCCCAAGCUCACCUGCUGCCCCACCUGCAGAGGCCCCCUGGGCUCCAUCAGGAACCUGGCCAUGGAGAAGGUAGCCAACUCGGUGCUCUUCCCCUGUAAGUACGCCUCAUCAGGCUGUGAAGUCACUCUGCCUCACACCGACAAGACCGAGCACGAGGAGCUGUGCGAGUUCCGACCAUAUUCCUGCCCGUGUCCCGGAGCCUCCUGCAAGUGGCAGGGAUCCCUGGAUGCAGUCAUGCCACACCUGAUGCACCAGCACAAGUCCAUCACCACACUGCAGGGUGAGGACAUCGUGUUCCUGGCGACAGACAUCAACCUGCCCGGCGCCGUGGACUGGGUCAUGAUGCAGUCCUGCUUCGGGUUCCACUUUAUGCUGGUGCUGGAGAAGCAGGAGAAGUAUGACGGCCACCAGCAGUUCUUCGCCAUCGUGCAGCUCAUCGGGACUCGCAAGCAGGCAGAAAACUUCGCAUACCGGCUGGAGCUCAACGGUCACCGGCGCCGGCUCACCUGGGAGGCGACUCCACGCUCCAUCCACGAGGGCAUCGCCACGGCAAUCAUGAACAGCGACUGCUUGGUGUUUGACACAUCGAUCGCACAGCUGUUUGCCGAGAAUGGCAACCUGGGCAUCAACGUCACCAUCUCCAUGUGCUGAGGACUCCCAGGUGACGAGCAUCAGAUUGUAAAGGAGGGUGGGGGGUGCAUUUUUUUAGGGGUCACGUCAGUGCUGACCUCACAGCCCCACCCCUCCCCUCUGUGACAUGGAUCUGGACUGUGAUUGGGCUGCAGUGAGGGCCCAGGCUGUUAUGUAUGGAUGAGUGAAGCGCAUUAGGACAUACCUGUGUAGUGAAGACUUGUCAGACUCACCUGUGAUUGGCUGGAUUGUUUAGUUCUAGUCCCGUUUUGUUUCUCCUCAUCCUGAAGGUCAUGUCAAGGACAAUACAACAUGGACUCCUGGUCAGUGCUAACAAGCUAGCUUGCCAGCUAGCUUCUUUUCAAAAAUCCAAAUGUAGACGAACGGAGAUCUGAGUGGCUGCUAUCAACUCACUCAUCCAUAAAACCUCUUCCCAAACGCUCGUUUCACCUGUGACUGAUAACGAUUUAGACGUUGGACCGGACGGCUGCAGCACCAGAACCCUGGAUCUGUACUAAGUGUUCAUAAAACAGGCUCACCUGGUCUGACCCGGCCAGCUCAAAGGUCAAACUGGGACAGCCGUAGUUGAUAGUUAAUCGACUCCGAACGGGAAGCUCUGAGCCGGAUCUUUACCUGCUCUAUUUUUUGGACUAGCUGUAGUGUGCCGUCACACACGACAACACACCUGUCCUCUGCACCACACACACUGAGCAGGUGAGACCUGACCGAGGAACAGAAGUUUUUCAGAACUAGGAAGAGAUUAAAAAACACUACAUUUCACUUUAGUUUGGAGGUUUUAUUUCAUGCGUCUGUUUCUAAACUGUUUUAGUUGUUUUUGUAUGAAAGGAGCAUGAAAAAGAUGGAUCUGUGGUUCAGACCUGCUAGACUGUCGUUUCUCCUCCAUCUGAACGCCCAACCUGGAUUAGAGACAGUUCCUCUGUUCAAAUGUUUAUUAUUACUGAAUAGAGAUAUAAAGAUCAUUUUUGUAUCGACUUUUAAAAACUAAAAAGCAGUUGUAAAAUAUGUGGCUAAAGUUCGGUGAUUGUCGUUUUUGUUCUCCUGAAGGUUGAUUUUUUUCUCCCAGAGUUGGGCUUUCAUCUCUGUCCUCCUGUGGUCCGUCUCUCUGUCCUUCCUGUUUGUCUGCGGAGGGAAAAGUCAGUCAUCUCUCUGUCCUCACGUGGAGUUCCAGUAAUGCUGCUCUCCUUCAAGCUCAUGACUUCUGUUUCGUUUGUCAUUAAAUAAAUCUAUCUUUUUCAUA